UUUUAUAUUUAGAUUGUAAAAGUACAGUCUACAUUGAUAAUACUAUAGAGAUUAUACAUAUAUGGUCAUACGAGUAAAGCAUAUUUAAAUGUGUUUUAAGGCCUAGUAGUGGAGCUUCACGUCCAUUUAACCUAAAGGUAACCGGAAAGUAGUAAUAUGUGAAAAAUAAAGAUGAUUUUGAAUCAGAAAAAAAAAAAAAAUUACAUCGUCACCUCUGAGUUUUACUUUGAAACUCACAACCGGAACCUCGAUAUGCGGGCUGUGUGUAACUUGACGCUACCUGUCAAACGGACACCGGUCUUCGUCAGUGUCUCGCCGGCUCGAGCUUCACUGACGGCAGUGUACUUUCACACGCGACAUGUAUGUUUGGUUUCCCGCUCAUGACAUGGCGUUUUUAAACGUGACUUCGCGUUAAAGGACUAAAACACCGGCACACACAACGUUUUUUCUCCGCGCUCCCGGGGGGGAUUUAUUCUUCCCAGCAGCGAUCCUGCAUUGCAACGGAAUGGGAGCUGGAUGACUGAGAGUCGGACGUGGAUACAGGCUGAUGGAGGAGGAACGACAGUUGGAAUAAAAGCCUGCAGUCGCCUGAUAAACGCUCAGAGCCAGCAUGACCUACAUAACACAGAGCUUAACGGACGCUCCUCAGGACAUCUCAGCUGUAUGGAUAGCAACUGACAUCCUGUUCAACCUUGCAACAGCAAUAAGUGACCUUCAUUUUUAAGUAGUGCUGCAGGACUAUGCAUACAAACAUAUGACUGAACAAAGAGAAUCAUUCAUGCCCGGGUCCUAUGCAAAACAAGAGAACCUGAUGAACAGCAUGGGAAACACUGCGUCCCGGAUGUUACACUGAGGUCAAGAAGAAACCAAAAUACAAAAUUCAGCAAGCAGGUUGCAACCCCCCUCCCCCUUUACCCUAUGCUGGAUCUGCUCUUUGGAUUAGAGUACAAGUCAUGGGGCCCGCAGUGGAGCCUGGUUCAAAGGUUCAAAGAAGAGCAGGGCUGAAAGGUCUUUUUUAAGCCGGAGCAGCCUGCAGAUGCCUUAUCUACUCAUAACUCGUGAGAUUGUGCGGUUGUAAGCAUUAAUUAUGCUGUGAUCAUCAAUAAACUCCACAGCCAAGCAAUAAAAAGCUGAAGUGCUCCGUAGGAAAAGUCAGAUCUUUUGGCUCGUAGGCAACAUAAACUGUCGCCGUCAUGCUUCUUAACUGCGGUCAGCCGUUACCUCUCCUGAGGCACACAGAUGUGCCGCCUCGGGUCAUAGAAAACUUCAUCCUGACUGGUUACCGCUUCCCAAACUACAGCCUGAGGGACUGCUUACUGUCAGCGUUCAGACCCACCAACGAAACAGGCAACUUCUGGACACACUUCCUCCCAGUCUUCAUCUUUUCGUACUAUUUUGUGGAGGUGUUUGGUUGGGAAGGUGCACCACACGGUGAUGCCCCGUUCUUCUACCCAAUGUGGAACUACUUCAUCGGGGUGUUCUGUCUGCUCAUGGCUAGCAGCAUGGCCCACCUGCUCAACUCAAUGUCCCUGGUGGUCAGAGAAGUCUGUUUCUUUGUGGAUUAUGGCACCAUCAGCGCCUACACUGUUGGCUCAUCAUUGGCUUAUUACUAUUACAUCCACCCUCGGGCAGGAAUAGUGGAGACAGAAGGUCUCAAUGGCUCCCAUAUGGACUCGAAACAUGAACCUGCAGGGGCUCCUGUGUCUUCCUAUGCAAUCCCAGAUUUCAGUGUGUUUUUUGACACCUUCUACAUCCCAUGCGCAUGUGUCGUAGCAAUCAUUUGCGUCUUAUCCUGCUGCAACACCCGCCAGAGGUGGAGGAAACACCGAUAUGUCAUCCGAACCCUGGUUUUCCUCCUCCCGUUCCUUGUCUCUUCCACACCAGUCUUCUACCGCCUCCUCACCAGAUCGCCUUACUCCACCUCCUCCUCCUCCUUCGCUGCUUCCACCUCCACCUCCAUCUUCUUCUAUCGCCACUGCCUCUGGCUGCUGGUGUCAGCCAUCUUCAACAUCAGCAAGUUCCCUGAGCGGCUAGCCCCAGGUUGCUUCGACAUCUGGGGUCACAGCCAUCAGUGGUUCCACUGUUGCACGUUUUUGUCCAUCCUCGACGAACUCCACAUGAUCAAGGCCGAGGUGAGGGCAAUCCUGCUCAGCCCGACACUGCUGCUGCCCCCGGCCACCCUCUCCCGCCUGCCUGGACCCACCAUAGCUUCCACCUACGGGGUGAUGCUCCUCCUCCAGACCACCAUCAUCUCCAUCAUCGUGUGGUUCUCCUGGCAUGCCAACUGCAUCUACGGACCCCAGAGAGACCAGCUAGCAAAGGAACACCCCAAGAAACGCCUGAAAUGUCACUGAAAGACUUCUUUUACACGUCGUGACUGUGAAGAAGGAUUUGCACAUGCAUACAGAGCCAUGCCACAAAGAGAAACGCACAAGUAAAACAAUAUUUCCCAUCCGAUUUCAAGUCCGUCAUAUGUUCCAACCCCUUUGGGAGCAUUUUACAAGCUUUCAUGGCGUAAAAUUGGGGACAACAAGAGAUGAAAGGAUUAUAUUCUGAGCUCACCACAGGUUGGCUGUCUGGUUGAGUGGAUAUUGAUAGACUUUUGCCAGUUUCUCUCCCUUGAGCUGCUCCAGCAUGUUCCAACAGGACGUCUGGCUAUGAUAACUACCUCUAGGGACUGUACACUUUGUGGAAAGGUGUUGGCACCCAGGAGAAUACAUGUUCCAUGUAACAUUUGGGUAAUGUGGCUUAAAUGUCAGCGUGACCACGUAUCGUCUGUUGUCAAGUAGUUCCCUGUUGCACUUCCCCUUCCUCUGACUUCAACUCUUUUGAAACCUCUCUGCUGCAUUUGUAGUUGAACCCAUUGUUUUGCAUCCAGUGAUUGCUUCUUUCCGACCUUUAGUAACCAUACCUUCUCUUCCUCUGGCUUCCUUGAGCGCUUGCACGCGGCUUCAUUUCCUCUCUCUCUUUCUAUGUGACCCUUGCGAGCAGGAAAUGCGGUGGCCUACAGAAAUAGCUCAGAGUUCACAUCAGUUGUACAGUAAAGCACUUUCAUGGGGGCCAGUGCUGAACCCGCCCUGUCAUUAAGAAGCCAUGCUCGCUUUUUAAACCUCAAAGGACGCGUAACAUGUCUGAAGUAUGUCCUAUUGUCCUGCUGAGAUGUUCUGUUGGGUUAUUUAGACGUGAAACAUAUUCAUAGUGUGGUGAAUGCUGUCUGCUGUACGUAUGAUUUUAUUACAAUGAUCACAAGUUCCUCAUAGAUCAUGUUGACACUGCUCAAAGUGCUCAAAUUCAGAUUUAAUGUGACGUAAAUCCGAUGAAACUGUACUGUAUUUGUCUGGUGCAGAGAGAAGUCAGACUUUUACUGACAGCUCAUGUUAGUAAAUUAAAUAUAUAUAUAUCUAUACGUAUAUGAGCAACAGCUCCAGUGUUACGGCCUGCAUUGUGAACAUAGAUGAAAUGAGGAUGAUGAUACCAGAGGUUGUUUUUCAUGUCACAUGAUGAACAGUGACCAAUCAGAGAAAAAGCCAUAGGUAGUUGAAACAGUGGCAAUAUUGUAGUUGUACUAUGUCAUCAGGAACUUCCUGGAUAGAUUUGCACUGACAGAUAGAUCAGGUUGGUAUUCCACUUUGCAUCAUGUAUUGUCGUGUCGUUGAAGUCACACAGCUGAAAUACCUUCAUCCAUCUUUCCACUAUUUCAAAUGUAUUUUCAUGAUCUUCAACGUCCCCAAUUUUAAGCGCACAAGACAAAAAGUGUAUAUUUUUCAGACGGACGGAUGCUCAGCUCUGACACUGGAAUAUAAUGGCGUUACCAGAGAGGCACAGACUGGGACUGGAGUCCACCAUGGAGAUUAAACAUUACCAGAUAAACUACUAUCUUUUUUAUUCAACUUUUAGCUGCAUGGUACAACGUUUAGCCUUAUCCUUAGCAAUUAUUUACUGCGCUGAAGGAGCAUAUCCUGCCUGCACAAAUGUUAGAUUGUCACCCCAUGUAGAAAUUCCCACGUUCCCACUGCUUUCCUGUCUUUCUUGUUUUUUCUGUAAUUCUGCUAAACGACUUAAACCCAACGAGCCACAUUUCGGACCUGGGCCAGGUUUGGUUUUGGUUGUUUUAAAUCGAAUUUUACGAAAUUCUACUUUUUUUUUCUCUAUGACUGUGAUGUUUGUCUGCGUCCAUGUUUGUAAUGUGUUUCUUGCAGAUACGCAACAUCGAGAGAGAAAACAGGAGUUUAGGGGUAAAAAAAUACAAAGAAACAGACUCUAACCUACCCGAAAAGAGAAGAGGUGUAUUGUUUGAUAAUCAUGAUAGUCACUGUGGUCUACAGCAUUUAUAGAUUUGUUUAGUUUGACGAAACAGUGGGCAUUAUGUUCGGUUCUAUUCAAUGAACUCUGCGGUUUCUAUCUUCGACCUUGACCAACCUUGUCUCAGAGGUUCUAGGUUCAAGACCCAACUUGGUGGAGCGUCCAUGUACAGACAACCUGAGCCUGAGCUCACUGACUGAAAGAGGAAAUAAGAUUUCAAUAUAGAAUUAUAGCAAAUAAUUAAUCAUUUGCACACAGAAAAUGACUGACCAUGACUGUUGGUGCUCGGAAGAAGAUGAAUGUGUGUUUUCUGUUUGUGUGUGUUCACGUUGUUCUGUCAUGUACUUGGUGAGUUAGUGCCGUCAGUCUCAGAGGGAGAUCUUAAAUUGUAAGCUCUUAUUCGUUUGUCACAUUCACACGUCGAUAACUCAUGUUGUUCACUGUCUAAUCGUAGAGAUGUUAUGAUUAUUACUGUAUAAGUUUGACCCAUAUCUGCACACUUACUGUGUCCUGAUGCAUUUACUUGCACAAGAGAAAAUUUAUUAGCAUUAAUAAUUAUGGACGACACUGGAAUGAGUACAUAAGGACCAUGUUGGGACGUUGUGAUAAUCAUGAUGUUAUGGUGCACUUUAACGCUCCUCAAAAUGUUCCUUCAAGGGUCGACCCUGCAGUACUGUAUUAUUUCAACACGUUUCAGGUUCAGGUAGUGCUUUCUAAUCAAUAGUCAGAGAGAUUGCUCAGACAAUGUUGAUGAUGUUGAGGCGUUGUUUCUACCUCAAUGGAAUAAUUUGUGUCUCUGUCACUGAUAAUAACCAUCGUGGAAACCGAUCUUAUACCCUCACCCUUCUGAAUGGUGGAUGUCACACUUGAAUUUAUCGAUUCAGUAUGUGAAUGUUACACUUACCUAGUGAAGCACUCAGGGGUGACAGAAGAACGACACUAAUACAUAAUUUACACAUCAUGCGUUUAAUUAUGAAUUACUGGAAGUGGAGGAUUAAUUAUAGAAUCUGUCUGUUAAUGCUGAAAAAGUGAAAACCGUCCUCCAUUAUAUAACUGAUGUAUCAAAUAGCUCUACUGUGGAUGAUUUGAGUUUUACUGAAUAAAUUAUGCAGAGAACUGUU